AUGCAGGCGCUUUAUGCUCGGUUUCGGCGGCUGGCACCAUCAGGUUAUCUGCUGCAGCAGCAGUUCCAACAAACCAUGGGUGUCAUGGGACUGACGGACGACCAUUUCCUAGUCGACCGGAUGUUCCAGGUGUUCGACACGGACCACGAUGGCAAGCUGAGUUUCAUCGAGUUCGCCUCUGCGCUUGCCAUCAUGAUUCGUGGCACCGAGGAUGAGAAACUUGCGUUUAGCUUCAAGAUCGUCGGUGGCAAGGAGGGAUCUGGCGUGCGGCUGGAGGACUUCCAGCAGCUGGUAGCAUCCUACAACCGGAUGAUGUCGUCGCUAGUGGCGCCGACCGGGCGGCUGACAUCGGAUGAGGAUGUAAAGCGCCUGUUCCAUGAACUCGCAGUAACCCGAGAUGGAACAGAGGAGGAGGUCAUCAGCCUGGAUGCGUACAAGGCAGCUGCUCAGGAAAACGGCGACUUCCUGUCAUGCCUCGGGCUUGAGCCAAUGGGUGGCCGAGCUGUGCCGGCCAAGAAGCCGCAGAAGCCAGCGCCGCCAAUUCCCGAGGCUCCCGCUGCCGACGGGGUGUAUGUUCCAAGACAACAUCUGGAGGAGCUGCAAAGACGUGUGCUCACACUUCAGAGAGCCUUGGCUGCUGAGCAGAGGACAAGUUUCCUGGGCAGGUUGCCCGCCGAUCCGCCGUCGCCAGUGCCGGAAGAGCCGGCACAGGAAGACAGCUACCCCUGGUGGAUGCCCAGCUGUGGCUGCACGCCCAUGACGAGACUCACGCAGCUGCCAUGUGAGGCACGGGGUGAGAUCCUUGACUGCGAGCCCGCAGCACCAACAGCAGCCAUGGCCGCCACAAGCGAGAGCGCUGGCCAAGAGGAUUUCCUUACUGUACAGGAGGAGCAGGUCAAUGCCUUGAUGCGGCUCUGUGCAAAGUGGACCGAUGGAGAUCGUGGACUCAAUGUCGAGGCCGUUGCGCCAGAUCCCUUCCUACCUCCAGUGCUCCAGGAAGAGCUGAGGACAUACAGCCGACAGAGGCAUUUCUCAAGAGAUCAAUCUCGAGAGUCGGACGACAGCAGGGCAUUUGCCAACCUGAACUUGCCACACUCGCCCCACAAGACCUCCAAGAAGUCUGCAACAGUGAAUAUAGCGGGCAGUGCUGCAUCAAGGGAGAGCGAUGGUCAGGGUCCGGCCAUACAGGGACGACAUCGAGCGCUCAGCGUGACUUCGAGCCGUCAGCGCAGGCAGCACCGGCUGCUGGGGCCGAAGAAGGGCCUCGCUGUGCAUUUCGGCCACGAGAACUGGAAUAUGGUGCUUAGUAUGAUGAUUGGCAUCCGGAUGUCCGUGGGGCGUUCCGGGCAAGAGCUGCAUAGAGAGCUGCAGCCCGUUGACUUCAUCAUGAAGGAGAAAUUCAGCAUACUGCCACGGUUGGCCAACAUCUUUGAUGCGACCGUAUCCAAGCGUGUCAAAGUGACGCGUUUCAUCGACUAUGCUCCCAUGGUGUUCCAGCGGAUACGUGCCAGCUUUGGAAUCCACAGUGACGACUACCUUCGCUCCGUGGGGCCUGAGCAGCUCCUGGGCAACAUGGUGCUGGGCAACCUGUCUUCCUUGUCCGAGCUGUCGUCCGAGGGCAAGAGUGGCGCGUUUUUCUACUACACAUCGGAUGGGAAAUACAUGAUGAAGACGGUAACGCACAAGGAGCAGAUGCUGUUAAAGAAGAUGUUGAAGAAAUACUACGAUCACAUCACACAGAAUCAAGGCACUCUCUUGGUGCGAUUUCUGGGAUUGCACUGCCUCAGCGUCCACAAGAAUCGAAAGGGCUCGGCUGUCCAGAAGGUGUACUUCGUUGUGAUGGGCAACAUGUUCAACACCCCCUUCGAGAUCCACAAGCGCUAUGACUUGAAAGGUUCAUGGGUUGGGCGCGUCACGAAGGAUGAGGACCGAGAUCCGUCCGUUGCCCUCAAGGAUGUUGACUUCACGAAGGCCCAGGAGUCCAUACUGGUCGGCCCAGAGCGAAAGGCGAAACUUGUUGCGCAGAUUGAAAGAGAUAGUGCUUUCUUGCGAGACAACAACAUCAUAGAUUAUUCCUUGCUGUUGGGAGUCUACCUGCUUGGUGGCUCAGCUCAUUCGGCUGACGACAAAGGCGGAGAGCAUCCAGAGAGCUGUAUGGGGCUCCGGGGUGCAACUGCAGCCGCACAGACAAUAGCUGGAAUCAAUGUCCGCAUGGCCUCAAGCGACGAGCUGCAUGGCGAGGUGCCUUUCCACCAGGCCCACAUGGGUGGCAUGCUGUCCUCAGAUCAGAAGGCUUUAUACUUCUUGGGCAUCAUUGACAUCCUGACACCCUACGACAGCCGGAAGCACCUGGAGCACUGGUUCAAGGCCCUACGCUAUGAUCGGAGGGGAGUGUCCUGCUGCCCUCCUGCCAUGUAUGCGGAGCGUUUCAGUUCCUUCCUGAACAACUGCAUAAGUUAA